AUGGGUCGUGUAUUUGUUGUUGGUGUCGGAAUGACAAAAUUCGAAAAACCAGGUAAAAGGAACGAUGACUAUCCGGAAUGGGGCAAAGAAGCCAUUUUAUCAGCUUUAGAUGAUGCUAAAAUAGACAUGAAAGAAGUGCAAUUAGCCACGGCUGGGUACGUUUACGGCGACUCCACUUCAGGCCAGAGAGUAAUCUACGAAGUAGGCAUGCAAGGUAUUCCAAUUUUUAACGUAAAUAAUAAUUGCUCGACGGGUUCAAGUGCUUUAAUGUUGGCCAAGGAAAUGGUGGAAUCAGGAAAAUGCGAUUGUGCUCUAGCAGUCGGUUUCGAAAAGAUGGAAAAAGGUAGUUUAUCAUCUAAAUUCAACGAUAGAACUAACCCUAUGGAUAAACACGUAGAAGCUAUGGCAGAUUUGACAGAUAUUGUCAAUGCUCCAAUGGCAGCGCAACUAUUUGGCAACGCUGGGAUCGAACAUAUGCAGAAAUACGGUACAAAACUAGAACAUUUCGCUAAAAUUGCGUACAAGAAUCACAAACAUUCAGUAAACAACCCUAAAAGUCAGUUCAGAGAUGAAUAUAGUUUAGAACAAAUUUUAAAAUCACCAAAUGUGUAUGGCCCACUAACUAAAUUACAGUGUUGCCCAACUUCAGACGGAGCUGCAGCUGUUAUAGUAGUUUCUGAACGGUUUGUUAAGUCACACAAACUGGAAAGCAAAGCUGUAGAAAUAUUAGGAAUGGAAAUGACCACAGAUUUAGCUUCUACUUUCGCAGAUAAGAGCCAUAUGAAAAUAAUUGGUUAUGAUAUGACAAAAUUAGCAGCUGACAGACUGUUUCAAAAAACCAACCGUAGACCUACUGAUGUUCAAGUCAUUGAAUUACAUGAUUGUUUCUCAGCAAACGAAUUGAUUACAUACGAAGCGCUAGGGCUCUGCCCGCCUGGCAAAGCUGGAGAGUUAAUAGACCGUGGUGACAACACUUAUGGUGGUAAAUAUGUUGUCAAUCCAAGUGGAGGAUUAAUUUCCAAAGGACACCCUCUUGGAGCUACCGGUCUAGCUCAAUGUGCAGAACUUUGCUGGCAAUUAAGAGGUGAGGCAGGUCCUAGGCAAGUAAAAGGGGCCAAAUUGGCGUUGCAGCACAAUAUUGGGUUGGGAGGAGCUGUUGUGGUUGGACUUUAUCAGUUGGGAUUCCCUCAGAAUGGUGGUGCUCAAAAUUCUGGUGGUUCUGGAGGUCAAAGUCAAGAUUUGAUUGGGGGAGAAAAUUUCACAGCUUCUACUUAUCUAAGGAUACUCCAAGAAGCCAUGAAUGAGGACGAAGAAGGCUUAAUAGAAAACCACAGAGGCAUAUACGGUCUUAAAGUCGUUAAACCUUCAGGCGAAAUGGGAUAUUGGGUGAUAAACUGUAAAGUAGGCAAAGGAAAGAUCGAAUGGAACGGCAAAGAUAAACCAGACGUUACUUUCAUAGUAAAAGAAGUCGACGUGCUCGAUUUGCUUUCCGGAAAAAUACCUCCACAAAAGGCGUUUUUCCAAGGGAAGGUUAAAAUACAGGGCAACUUGGGCGUUGCAAUGAAAUUGAUAGAGUUGCAGAAAACUGCUGCUAAGAAAAUUGAGGUGCUUAGAGCGAGAUUGUAA